GUUCUGGUAUUAAUAACAAUGUACUAGUCAUGGAAUGCAAUAAUCAAAACAGCAGAGACUUAGAUGCUGAAAGUCAUAAUUAUCACCACCACCACCGGUACUCAGUGAUGAGUAACAAUAAUGGUCAGUCAAAGCUUUGUUUAAGAGGUCAUUGGAGACCUGCAGAGGAUUCUAAACUCAAGGAACUUGUUGCCCUCUACGGCCCUCAGAAUUGGAACCUUAUUGCAGGAAAAUUAGAGGGAAGAUCAGGUAAGAGUUGUAGAUUGAGAUGGUUUAACCAGUUAGAUCCAAGGAUAACAAGAAAGGGAUUCAGUGAAGAAGAAGAACAAAGAUUAAUGGAUGCUCAUAGAUUAUAUGGUAACAAAUGGGCUAUGAUUGCUAGACUUUUUCAUGGAAGAACUGAUAACUCAGUCAAGAAUCAUUGGCAUGUUAUCAUGGCUAGAAAAUAUAGAGAACGGUCCAGCAGUUCUUAUAGGAGAAGGAAAUCGAUUCCAUUUUUUCAUGAAAGUGGUGGUUCUUAUCUUGGAUCUCCAAUGAACAACAACCGGUUUUGUGAAGACCAUCCACAUUCACCACCACCACCACCACCACCACCAUCUCGUGACUUCUUCUCUGCUCCUGGUCAGAACCAGGAUAUGGGGAGUUCUUUUAACCACCAUAUAAGCAGGUGUACAUGGGAAGUGCAGCCAAGAAAUGAUUACUGUUCCAACUUCAUGAUACCACCUACUUCUACCUAUUAUCAUGACUCAAUGCAUCAUCAUGAUUUACUGCAGCAAGAACUGCAACAAUAUCAACAGACCACUUACUCUCAUUCAUCAUCUAAAACAUCAACAUCUCAUGUUUCGGUCAGUGAUCAUUUUCAAGCAUCAUCAUCCUCGUCAGUAGACAACAACAACAAUAGAGUUAUUGCAACAACCUAUGUUGACACUACUAUUACACCACCUUUCAUAGACUUUCUUGGGGUAGGAGCAACAUGA